GCUGCCGGUAAAGGUGUGGAGUUGGUGUUUGUAGACAGCACAGACUCAUGCUUAGAGAGCUUGGAGUUUCUGCCCCUCCUCCAGCACUAAUCAGUCGAGCAGGGACUUUGGAACUGGACUGAGCUCCCAGGACAUUGAUGUGGGAGGCUGCCCUAACCCCAGUCUCUUGCGUUUUUCUGCCCUGAGUUCCAGCCACCCAAAACUGACAUGCCAACUGAGCUUGCUCCUAGCCUGGGAAUGUAUGCCCUCUCCGACCUGAAUUCCUCCCCAACGACCCGGCUACUCCACAAGGGUCCAGAAUACCUGCGCAGGAAGAUCGAAGGGGGAGACCGGGCCAAAAAGAGUGCUGUGGAGAGACUAGCAGCGGAUAAGGCCAAAUAUGUCAAAAGCCAGCAGGUAAUUGGCACCAAGCAGGAGCCUGCCAGGCUGAGCUCAGCUUCAGAGAGCAGUAGUGAAACCUGUUCUGUGGAAAGCAGAAAAAGCAGCAAGUACUCAACAGGGAGAAAAGAGGCAGAGAGUGAGGACACCUGGUGCCCCACUCCCCAGGCAGCACUUUCUGUGGCCCGGAGAGGCAUUAGCAGGAGGCAACUGAGGCCAGAUUCCCUCAUCAUCUAUCGUCAGAAGUGUGAGUUUGUCAAAGGCCAAGGCACUGAGAAUGCAAGAGGGAGCUUGGUGAGAAAGAUCCUCCAGGGUCCCAACAAAGAAAAGAUGUUAGUGUCUCCUGACAUGCCCAAAGUGAAAGAGGAAGCCAAAGUAGAAAGUGAGGAAGCCGGACUAGAGGGCAAAGAAGCCAAACCAGAGAUUAAAGAGACCAGACUGGAUGGAGAAGAGACCAGAAUGGAAAGUAAAGAGACCAGAAUGGAUCUUAAGGAGGUGAGAUUGCAGAGUGAGGAGGCCAGAAUGGAGAACAAGGAGGUCAAAGUAGACAACAAGGACACUGCUCCCCCCAAUCCCUCAACCCCCCUUGUUGCCCCUUCCAAUGAGGACAAGAUGCCCAUGACAGCACCUGUGAUGACAGGUGAGCUCAGGGAUGUGAAGAGAAGGGGCCUGCACCGCUCCAAAUCUGACAUAAGCUCUCGCUACUCCAAAUCCUUCUCUGAGUUUGACACCUUCUUUAAAUACUGCGGCCUGGACCCUGAGGUGGUGGAAGAUCUUGGGAUGGAAAACUUCUCAGCAGGGUGGGACCACAGAUCCUUUAAGAUCCGCAGUGUGAGCAUAGCCACCUCUGAGGGUGGCUUCUCCCAUCACAGUGGGGAUGAGGGGCUGCAGGAAGAAGAGCUAACGGAGCAGGUCCCUAGCACCACAUCAGUGAUUGAACGCAAUGCUCGGAUUAUCAAGUGGCUGUAUACAUGUAAAAAUGCCAAAGAGGCAGAAAGCAAGAGGGCCCAGGACUUAGCUGGAAAGGUGCUGGUUCCCAACGCCAAGGAAACACGGUAAAACCAAGAGUGAAAACUUCCCCUGAGAUGGAGGAUACACAGAACAGAUCACGGACUGCUUAGAACUUUCUCAUUUCCCUAAAGUUUCCACUCACCUGACAGAGCUUGGUAAGGAUUUGCUACUUCGCCAGAGGAAGACUUCUCUCUGGACAUCCCAAAUGAGUCUGGGAGCUCCACAGCAGGAGAGGUGAAGUUUUGAGUGACAGAGAAGGUAGAGGAUCAGCUGAGAUGCUUUAAGAGAAGAUCGAGUUCAGAUGGAUCUAAUGGUAUAACAAGCUGCUAAAAUAUUUGUUAUUUUGAAGGUGGGUCUGUGCCAUGAGAUCAUGCUGAACCAAAUGAGGACCAAGAAAAGGAGGGGUUUUAGGUGAUUAUGAUAAGCAUAUCUGCCUAUCUCUCUGCCUAUGGAGAGACCCAGAGACACUAAGUUACAAACUUAGCUUCAACUAAAUAUUAUAUUCUAUUUUUAUACUUACAUUACUGUGGUUAAGCCCUUGAGUUGCUUAAGUAUUUAUUUGAGCUAGUUGUAAAACCUCCAGACAACACAGGUAGCUUAUUUUGGCGAAGUGUUGUUAAAUAAUCGUCAAAUAUUUUUGUAUAAUAAAGCUCCAUACAAAUAUAACUGUCUGUACCAUAUGGAGGACCGACCACUCUAAUGAACAUGUUUAUAAGCAUGAGAUUAUUUUCCUCAGCAUCUCUGUGGGUCAUGGGAG